CAGCCGGGACGGAGCGAGAGAGGAGGUGGCGGCGGCGGCGGCGGCGGCGGCGGCAGCGCGGCUGGCAGAGGGGACCGCGGGACCCGGAGGAGAAGCCGGCAUGGAGCCCAACAGUCCCCGCAAGAUCCAGUUCACGGUCCCGCUGCUGGAGCCGCAUCUCGACCCGGAGGCGGCGGAGCAGAUCCGAAGACGUCGCCCAACUCCAGCUACCUUGGUCUUGAGCAGUGACCAGUCAUCUCCUGAAAUUGAUGAAGACCGGCUCCCCAACCCUCUUUUGAAGCCAGGAAUGUCGAUGUCUCCAAGGCAGAGGAAGAAGGUUUCUCGCACCACCCCCACCAUGAAAGAGCUCCAGCUGAUGGUUGAGCACCAUCUCUGCAAGCAGCAGGCGGAUGAGGAGGAUGUCAGCACUGGGAGCCAGGAGCCACACAGUCCAAGCUGCUGCCCUCAUGCCAACUCAGAACCUGGCCACAGUCCUGGGAGUUGCCCUUUGGCCCAAGCUCAUGCUCAGCUGGGCAUUCAGCAGGGGGAGCCCAUUGGCCUGGAGGAACGUGAGUAUGUUUCAGUCAACUAG